CCAGCUCGAUUAAAAGGUCUUAGUUUUGACCCUUUGAUUACACGAUGUCGCGAUAACUUCUUCGUCUGACAGAAAUGUGAGUUAAUAAUUUGAAGAGGAUGGGCACAGUCCAGCUGCAAUAAACGACCUGAUCGGAUACACUUAAAGAGAGCGUCGCUCACUGUGGUGCGCAUGCGUGUGCGGGUACCAUGAAGGUAAAGGUGAUCUCCAUCCUGGAAGACAACUACAUGUACCUGGUGAUAGAGGAGCAGAGCAAACAGGCGAUAGCUGUGGACCCGGCUGUGCCACACCGGCUGCUAGAAAUAGUGAAACGAGAAGGCGUCUCCUUGAUAGCUGUUCUCACCACACACCAUCACUGGGACCACGCUCGUGGGAAUGAGGCUCUGGUGAAGGAGGUCCCUGGCCUGAGGGUGUACGGGGGAGACGAUCGAAUCGGGGGUCUGACGGAUAAAGUGACAAAUGCGCAGGAACUGAAGUUUAGCUCCAUCAAUGUGAGGUGCCUGUUUACUCCCUGCCAUACCUCUGGUCACAUGUGCUACUUUGUUUGGGAGGAUGAGUGCACUGACGCCCCUGCUGUGUUCACAGGGGAUACGUUGUUUAUUGGUGGAUGUGGACGGUUCCUUGAGGGUACAGCAGAGCAGAUGUACCACAACCUCACCCAGGUGCUUGGUUCCCUACCUCAAGACACGAAGGUGUUUUGUGGGCACGAGUACACCAUAAAGAACUUGAAGUUUGCCAUGCUGGUGGAGCCAGAAAAUGAAAAGGUUAAGGAGAUGCUGAGCUGGGCCAGGGCAAGAGAUGAUGAUGACAAACCCACAGUGCCAUCUACACUGAUGGAAGAAUUCGAAUACAACCCUUUUCUUCGUGUCUCGGAGGAAGCAGUGCAGAAGUUCACGGGGAAGACUGACCCCAUAGAGGUGCUGAGGGUCCUGCGAAAAGAGAAGGACAAAUUCAAGAAGCCCAAGGAGAGACUUCCUCCUCACGCCAUGCUGGCUCUGGAAUGGGGGCUCCUCAGACCUUGAAGUCCACUUUCACAGGCAUCAGCAGUAGUAUGUAAAUCAGUUAACCAGAGCUAACAGAAUGAGGAUGAGGGUGAAAAACUGAAUGCAGCGAGACACAAGACCUGUAGAGUGCAUUGUUUUGUUGCUUUAAAACAAAGUCUGACCAAUACACCCCUGAGUCCUGGUUAACCAUCAAGUGGCAACCCCAUCUUUUCAUUUAAAAUGCAGUACAAAGCUGCUGUCAUUAAAUAUUCCUCAGAAACAAAUUAAUUUAGAGGCCGGUCUCCCAGUCUCUUACACACUAACUGCACCAGUUAACGUCUGUUAAUACCAAUUUUCAGUAAAACUGUCAAGAUUACAUUUUGUGUAUUUAUUGAUUCAAAUAACUGGUUUUGGAAGAAAUGUAACCUUCAGUUAUUAUUAUUUGUAUGCAUGUGAAACUUUCAUUGCUUUGAUAUUUACUAUUUCUGUUUUUUUAGACAUUUUUCUGUCUGGCAACAUUGCUACAGUUCUCUCAUUUAACUUUUUUGGUCAGUUUAGAGAUGAUGUAUAUGUGUGUGUGUGUGUGUGUGUGUGUGUGUGUGUGUGUGUGUGUGUGUGUGUGUGUGUGUGUAUAUAUAUAUAUAUAUAUAUAUUUCCCAGUGUCUUUGUCCUCUUAAUUUUGCAAGUGAAACCUUCAGAUCUAAUUGACCUUAAUUUAAGUGAAUUUGUUUGUCAUUUAGACUCUACCUUGUGCUCACUAUUUUGGGACAGGUAUCGAAUAUGUUAAAGUGUAUUACAAGGGUAGAAAAAUACAUGCAGUGUACAUCACUAUGAAUGUAAAUUGCUGAUUUUCAUCCCAAAGAUUACAUGCACAAAAUACAAGAGCCUAAAAGCUGUAUAUGGGAGUCAAAAGAUUCUUUAAUAAAACAUCGGUCUCAAUUCAUA